AUGAAGCCCACUCUUGUCACCACCCUUUUGUUCGCCGUUGCUUUGGCCAGCAAAGCUUUUGCCGAAGGUCUAACCGAGGCUCAAAUCCAAGAAGUCAAUCGAUGUGCCAGUGUCCCUGUUGAUGAAUGUACAACCCACCGCAAUUGCGGUAUAGUUUUCGAUGGAGUAAACCAAGAAGCUUGCGGAUAUGUAUUGCCCGGCUAA